CGCCUCCUCUCGAUGCUCCCGGGCUGAAUGGGUGGGCGCCGGCGGUCGGUCUCUCGGGGUGGGAGAAGUUGCGGAAUGAAGCGGGACCGGCGAGGGCGGAGCACGGCCUAUCACCGGAGGGCUUCCCGGGGAACCACCAGAGAGGAGGAACGGAGGAGACAAAGCGCCGCCCGAGGAGGAGGAGAGCGCGGAGCGGGUAUCGGGAAGACGCUGAGUGCUGGUUACUGCCGGCUUUGCCAUGGAAGGUUCUCGUCCCGCAGUCUGCGCCAGGCGUUUGGGAAGGUGCCGGUCAGCGGCUGCAGCUCGGAGAAGCAGAAGCGGAUGGAUCAGGUCUUCUUCUCCGACUUCCAACAGCUGGUGGGGGUGUCGGUCCGCCAGGACCCCCGGCUGCCGCAGUUUGUGUGCAAGGACUGCCACGCCCAGUUCUACAAGUGCCGCAGCGUGCUGAGGACCUUCAUCCAGAGAGUGAACGUCUCCCCCACCGCCCAGCAGGGCGGCCACAUGACGAGCAAACCUCAGAAUCCUGACGCUGUGACCGCGGGCCCGUGUGCAGAUCUGAUCACCUCCAGCCCCGAGUGUCUGCACAGCCUGGUGAGCUGGACCCACAGCCAUGCCGGAGGCUGCCCCUCUGUGCCCAGCCUGCAGGGGGUCCUGUCUGCCCAGUACUGUGGCAUCAUCCGGGCGGUGUGGGGGUGCGGAGAGGGACACGACUUCAUCAUGGAGGCCGACUCGGACUCUGCCACCUCAGAAUGCCACGAACAGGAAGUCCAGAAGAUGUCCGCGCGGUAAUGGAAUGCCCGCCGAUGGUGCAGAUCGGGGCCCCGUGCCUACAGGAUACAUCCCGUCACAUCGGGUGGAGACCACCGCGCCUCUACCUGAGACCACCGGGGCUGCUAAUCUUCCAUCACAGAAUAGAUCACCGGCUCUGCCUUCUGAGACCCCCGCACCUCCGUGUCCUGAGCCGGACUCCAUGCCAGAACUCGUUGGAGAAUCUUUCGCUCAGACCUCAAAUGAGCUGGGAAAGGAGGAGGGCAGCGAGCUGUCAGACGGAGAAUCCCAGAGUAAGGAAGAUGCAGAGGAGAGGGGGGGACCUCCUGUCUUCAGAUGACUCCUUUGAGCCGUAUCCAGAGAAGAGGAUCGCUCCAAGGAAGAGCCGACACAGAGAGGCCAGGAAGACACGAGAACCCAGAGAAAGGAAGAAGCCGGGACCCAAACCAGGAUGGAAGAACGUCAUCAAAAGAGAGCGGGAGGAGCUGCCUACAAUCUACAAGUGUCCUUAUCAGGGCUGCACUGCCGUGUACAGAGGUGCGGAUGGGAUGAAGAAACACAUUAAGGAACAUCACGAGGAGGUGCGGGAGCGACCCUGCCCCCAUCCCGGCUGCAACAAAGUGUUCAUGAUAGACCGCUACCUGCAGAGACACGUCAAGCUCAUCCACACAGAGGAGAGGAAUUACAUCUGUGACCAGUGUGGACAGGCCUUCAAGCAGCGGAAACACUUAUCUGUGCAUCAGAUGAGACACUCAGGAGCAAAACCCUUACAAUGUGAAGUGUGCGGCUUCCAGUGCAGACAACGCGCGUCACUCAAGUACCACAUGACCAAGCACAAGGCUGAGGCCGACCUGGAGUUUGCAUGCGACCAAUGCGGGAAACGUUUUGAGAAGGCGCACAAUCUCAACGUGCACAUGUCUAUGGUCCACCCGCUCACCCAGAGCCCGGCCAAGCCCCCGGAAACCGAACCCGAUACCCCCUCAGGGACGAUGGAAGCUGUGAAACCAGAACUGGCUCAACAACUGCCCAGCUGA